GUCAAGGUUUCCUCAGCAUAUUAAGACAAAACUCGCCGGUCGGUACACAUCAGCAGCACACUGGCUCAGACAAAAUACAGCCAGGCGUUACUAGGUCUUAUGCCCUUGGAUCUAUUGCACCGUCUUUAAUCCCCCGACCAUGCGCAGUUCUCACCGCAAAUCCCGAAAUGGAUGUAGAGAAUGCAAGCAACGCCAUAAAAAGUGCGAUGAGGCUUCGCCCACUUGUCUCAAUUGCACCAUCACGAAUCGAUCCUGUUCAUACCGCCUUACACGUCCAAUGCAUCGGCUCAGCCGCCCGAAAGCAGCGUCUUGUGCAUCAACGCCAUCGGUGCGAACGCUUUCGCCGCCCAUCCAAUGCAAUACUCAGCAAUGGCAAGAUCAGCAGUAUGAUCUAGGGCAUCUUGAGCUGCUUCACCAUUUCGAGUCAGGCGCGUUUGAAGCGAGUAUGCUACCUUUGCCGAGCUCGAUACGCAUGGCGAUCAUGCAAUGUGCUCUCACCAACCCCUAUCUCAUGGAUCAAAUUCUUGCCCUAUCGGCAGCCCACAUGAGUACUUUUCGCCGAGAACAGCAACAGAUGUUCAGCAACAAAGCGAUGGAGCUUCAAACACGGGCUGUAUCCUUGUUUAAUAGAGUGGAAACCGACAUCUCGAUGCAAAACUCUCGUUCUUGGUUUCUUUAUGCAUCAUUUCUUGGCAUCCAGAUG